ACUAACUCAUUCUCUCAGUAUUUUAUAACAAAAAAAUCUUCUCUUUUUUUAUUUUAUUUAUUAUAGCUUAAGUUCUUCAUUAUUUACAAAAAAAUAAUAAUGGAAAUGGAAGCAAUAGUUGAAGAAAAUGAGAGCAAAAUCAAGAUGAUACGUUCAGUAAUUGGUUAUGAAAUUGCAGAAAAGGACAUUCUUGAAGCGCUUUUACAAAAAAACAACAAUCUUGAAGCAGCUAUUAAUUAUUUGCUUGAUUUUUCACAGUUAUCGACAGUUAAUAAAACUGUUACGAGUACUGGGGUACGUAUAUCUGGUCCGAUAAAUCAAGAAAAUGGCUGUGAAAUGGUUAGUGGGCUAAAAGUUAAAGAGGAACCCAAUGUGGUUAUGGAGGAAAAGAAGGAUUUUGAUGGUUAUGGAGCAAAACGGUUAGUUGGGAAAUUGGAUUCUGGAUGUGAAGUGGUUAAUGGGCUAAAAGUUAAAGAAAAACCUGAUGUGGGUAUUGAGGAAAGGAAGGAUUUUGAUGGUUAUGGAGCAAAAGGGUUAGUUGGUAAAUUGGAUUUGGGUUGUGAAAUGGUUAAUGGAUUAAAAGUUAAAGAUGAACCUGAUGUGGUUAUGGAGGAAAGGAAGGAUUUUGAUGGUUAUGGAGCAAAAGGGUUAGUUGAUAAAUGGGAUUUGGACAGUGAAAUGGUUAAUGGGUUAAAAGUUAAAGAAAAAACUGAUGUGGUUAUGGAGGAAAGGAAGGAUUUUGAUGGUUAUGGAGCAAAAGGGUUAGUUGGUAAAUUGGAUUUGGGUUGUGAAAUGGUUAAUGGGUUAAAAGUUAAAGAUGAACCUGAUGUGGGUAUUUGUGAAAAAGGAAAAAGUGAUGAAAAAAUGAAGGUUUUUGAUGGUUAUGGAGCAAAAGGGUCAGUUGAUAAAUGGGGUUUGGGUAGUGAAGUGGUUAAUGGGUUAAAAGUUAAAGAUGAACCUGAUGUGGCUAUUUGUGAAAAAGGAAAAAAUGAUGAAGAAAUGAAGGUUUUUGAUGGAUAUGGAGCAAAAGAGUCAGCUGGUAAAUCGGUUUCGGGCAGUGAAAUGGUUAAUGGGCUAAAAGUUAAAGAAGAACCUGACGUGUUUAUCGAUGAAACAGGUGAAAACAAGGUACAUAAGGAUGUUCUUGGUGGUCGUAUAUCGAAAUGGAGACGUGAUUUGAUGAAAGAAUUCUAUGAAUGGUCAGAGUUGCCCGAAAACAAUCCACAACCGAAAGAGGAAGAGAAACUUGAAAUAGUAAAGUUCAAAGAAGAAGAACAUGUACUUAAUGUUAAACCAUUAUCAGUAAAGCCAUUGAAGAGUUGUACUAAUAGGGGUAUUUUAGGAAGUAAAGAAAAGACCGGAAUUGCGAAAAAUAGUCUUAGUACUGUUGUGAUGGAGGAUGGUGAUUUUCCUGAAGAGUCUGAUUGGUUGUUAGUUGGAAGAACUGUUGUUACUGGGCUUUCAACUACAAAAGGGAGAAAAUUGGAGAAUAAUGAGAUUGUUCAUUUUAAUUUUCCUCAGCUUGGGAGUAGUAAAAGUAGUUCACAUUGGGGUGGAUCAAGAGCUGCUCAUGCUGCCGCUUCAUCCAUUGUUAGGUUCUCGACUAAACGAUCGGGAGAGAUUGGGCGUCUCCCAAUGGAAUGGGCAAAAUGCCUCAUUCCACUUGUAAAUUCUUCAAAGGUAAAGGUUCUUGGCCGAUGCGUUGCUGCGCCUGUAAAUCUGUGCCUAAUGCAGGAGCUCAUGUUGUAUGUAAGUUUCUACAUUCACCAGUCAGUGUUUACGAGCGGUGAAAAAUCAUCAUGGAGGCUGGAUUCUCCCUCACAAAUUGAUACAACAACAUAUCCACUACUUACUCUGUUCAAGCUACUCAAAGUCAAUCCCUUUCAGAAUGCUGAAUUCACCCCGGAUGAGCUUGAUUCUCGUAAACGCCAUCUCAAUUUAGAUUCCGAUUCAAAUGAAGCUGCUUCAGUGUUAUCAAUAGCAAAGCGAAGAAGAGGCUGCCAGCAGUAUUCGGAGCCAAACAAGGAUGAGCAAGAGAUAGAUAUCUCCGAAGCAUCUUUUAACAAACUUGUUGGUUCUGUAGACAUGUAUGACUUGAAGGAGAUGGAGGCUCCAGAUACACUUAUGUGCAGCCUAAGGCCUUACCAGAAAGAAGCUCUUUACUGGAUGACAGAAUCAGAGAAAGGAGCUGAUGUAGAGGAAGCAUCGAAAACUCUUCAUCCAUGUUGGGCAGCAUAUCGGAUAUGCGAAGAGAGGAAAAUUUAUGUCAACAUUUUCUCGGGGGAAGCAACUACCGACUUCCCAACUGCAUCGAAAGCAGCACGCGGAGGGAUAUUGGCAGAUGCAAUGGGUCUUGGAAAGACAGUGAUGACAAUUGCUCUAGUACUCGCAAAACUGGGCAAGGGUAGCCCUGAUGAUCAGGAUUUUGUCUCAGAAGACGCAGACGAAACUGAAUGUAUAACAAAAAGAAUCACUUAUACUGAUACAGAAGUAUCAAGAAAGGCAAAAGGUGGCACUCUAAUUGUCUGUCCUAUGGCGUUACUAGGCCAGUGGAAGGAUGAACUUGAGGCACAUUCAAAACCUGGUAGCAUUUCAGUUUUCGUUCAUUAUGGCGGGGACAGAAGUAAUGAUCCUAGAGUGAUAGCAGAACAAGAUGUAGUGCUGACAACGUAUGGUGUCUUGAGUGCAACUUAUAAGGCUGAUAAGGAGAAUAGCAUAUUUCAUAAUGUUGAUUGGUACCGGGUGGUUUUGGAUGAGGCACACACCAUCAAAUCCUGGAAGACUCUGGGCGCACAGGCUGCCUUUACUUUAUCAGCACAUUGUAGGUGGUGUCUUACUGGUACCCCUCUUCAGAACAAUUUGGAGGACCUCUACAGCCUUUUAUGUUUCUUGCACGUUGAGCCAUGGUGCAACUGGGCAUGGUGGAACAAGUUAAUACAACGACCUUAUGAAAAUGGUGAUCAGAGAGCUCUAAAAUUGAUCAAGGCCAUUUUGAGGCCACUGAUGUUGAGGAGAACAAAGGAUACCAAGGACAAAGAAGGAAGGCCGAUUCUUGUUCUCCCUCCAACCGAUAUUCAAGUCAUUCAGUGUAUACAAUCAGAAGCUGAACGUGACUUCUAUGACGCCCUCUUCAAAAGAUCUAAAGUUCAAUUUGAUCAGUUUGUGGCACAAGGAAAAGUUCUUCACAACUAUGCUAACAUUCUUGAAUUGCUACUAAGAUUGAGGCAGUGUUGCAACCAUCCUUUCCUUGUGAUGAGCCGAAGUGAUACACAAGAAUUUGCUGACUUAGAUAAGCUUGCAAGAAGGUUUUUGGAAACAAAUCCUGAUUCAUCAACACAGAAAGCACCUACACCAGCAUAUGUAGAAGAAGUUGUUGAGGGAAUUCGUAAUGGCGAAAAUACGGAAUGUCCCAUAUGCCUUGAGUCAGCAGAUGACCCUGUGCUAACACCAUGUGCCCACAGAAUGUGCAGAGAAUGCCUUCUUUCAAGUUGGAGAACUCCAGCAAGUGGACUUUGUCCAAUUUGUAGGCAAAUGCUGAAGAAAUACGAGUUAGUCACAUGUCCUUCUGCUAAUCGGUUUCGAAUUGAUGUUGACAAGAACUGGCAAGAGUCUUCAAAGGUCUCAAAGUUGAUGGAAUGCUUGGAGUCUAUAAGAAAAACUGGUGAAAAAAGCAUUGUUUUUAGCCAAUGGACCUCAUUUCUUGAUCUUUUGGAGAUUCCACUUAAGAGAAAGAAAAUUGGAUACUUGAGGUUUGAUGGAAAGUUGGUGCAGAAAUAUAGAGAAAGGGUCUUGAAAGAGUUCAGUGAGACUAAUGAGAAAACAAUUUUGUUAAUGUCACUAAAGGCUGGAGGUGUGGGCUUGAACUUAACAGCAGCUUCUAAUGUCUUUCUCAUGGAUCCAUGGUGGAAUCCUGCAGUUGAGGAGCAAGCAAUAAUGAGAAUUCAUCGUAUUGGUCAAAAGAAAACAGUUCGUGUUAGAAGGUUCAUUGUUAAGGACACAGUGGAAGAAAGAAUGCAACAAGUCCAAGCAAGAAAGCAAAGGAUGAUAGCUGGAGCUUUGACUGAUGAAGAAGUGAGGUCUGCCAGACUUGAAGAACUCAAGAUGCUCUUCAGAUAAUUGGUUUUAAUAUAUUGCAAAUUUCCAAUUAUAUAUAUUUAAUUGGAUGUUAAAUUAGUGAAAAAAAUGAGAAAAAGGAGAAAUCAAUGCCCAAGGGUGGAUAAAAUUGUUUUUGUAUAGUUACAAUUGUUCCACCUGAAUUUUUGUAAAGUCUUUUUGAAGUCACAAAGCAAGAUAUUUUCUUGCUGUCUAUGCUUAAGUUUUGUAUAUUUUUCAUGUGUCAAUCUUGUAUGAUCAAAAUGAUAAUUUUAAUCUUGAAGAACUCAAAAAUAUUUGGGCA